CUGAGUGUUGAAUGUUGACUCCUAAGUUGUCUUACCGAGUACCGAUGGCUCCUCCCUUCUCAAACAAAUGUCAUACAUUCUCUCUCAUUCCCAGCGGAUUCAGGAAACACUGAUCCGUUCACUAUAUCUGAAUUCAAUCUAACGAACAACAAGAUCAGACGCAAUCGCAUUCCCAUUUUUGAUUUCGUUAUCUUAACAUGCUCUUUCUCUCUCCUCGCUUAAGCAAGAGGAAAAUGCGUCGGAAAUUCUGAUCCAAAAUUCAAUACCAUAAAAACUUCAAUUCCACUCAAUCGAGGCUAAUCUUGACAUCCUGGACCCCAAAUAUAUUCCAAAACCCUAAUUGUUGAAUUUGAAUUUCAUUUCUUCUUCAUUGUAUUAGGAGAAUGUCGAAGUCUCUGCCUUACUCCAUGAAAGAUGUUCACUAUGACAAUGCCAAGUUUCGCCAACGCUCUUUCUCUAAGGCAAUAUACUAUAAUAUUCACGACUCUUUCAUUGAGAAUUUUUUUCUUUGAUCUAUUCCUUCCAAGCUUGGGUGCUCUUAUUUAUGGAAACACAGAUUUCCUUUUCGAGAGGGCGAUAUUUUGGUAAUAUUUAAAGAUGAGAUUGAUAGGAUUCAAAGAAUUUAUGAUUGCAAAUCACACUCGCUAUGGAUUCUCUCCAUGAAGUGUUUUGGAGGUCAAGGUCCUUAACCACACUAUACUGACCAACAAUGUAAAACGAGAAUGUUUGCGGUGUAGCACUGGGAAAUUUUUGGCAGUAAUUAUGCUUUGUGGCCUUGCUUAUCUCAUUCUUACACCGUCAGGACAUGUUGUUUCUUCCCAUGGAGUUGAUCACGCUAGAUUAAAGGACAAUGUUACACUGAACACUAAUACUAGAUUUAGGAGCUUCUUUAGAAAACCACCAAGGCUACCACCUCGAUUAACACCUGAUGAGAUGCGUGCUAGUAAUGAAUCUACUCACCAGCUAGAUAUAGAUGCAUCAAAAUGGAUGGGGAGACAGCAGCAAGUUAGAGAGGCUUUUAUUCAUGCAUGGUCUGGUUACAAAAGCUAUGCUAUGGGUUUCGAUGAACUUAUGCCAUUAAGCAAAAGGGGAAUAGAUGGUUUAGGAGGUCUUGGUGCAACAGUUGUGGAUGCCCUAGACACAGCCAUGAUAAUGGGUAUUGAAGAUAUUGUUAAAGAAGCUGGAUCCUGGGUUGAAACUCACCUUGCAGAAAGGAUUAGCCAGAAAGGCCAGGUCAAUUUAUUUGAGACUACAAUACGUCUUUUGGGUGGCCUUUUAAGUGCUUAUCAUUUAAGUGGUGGAGCAAGUGUAGCACCUACAUCUGUGGGGCCGAAACCAAGUGUAUAUCUGAAUACUGCUACGAUGCUAGCUGAUCGGUUGCUUUCUGCUUUUACUUCUAGCCCAACUGCCAUUCCCUACAGUGAUGUUGUACUCCGCGACAACUCCGCUCAUCCAGCCCCUGAUGGACUAAGUAGUACAGCAGAAGUUUCUACACUACAACUCGAAUUCAAUUAUCUGAGUGAUGUAUCUGGUGACCAAAAGUAUAGCUUGGAAGCAAUGAAGGUGUUGGAGCACAUGAAGACUCUGCCUAAGGUAGAAGGGCUUGUUCCUAUUUAUAUAAGUCCUCAAACUGGUGAAUUCAGUGGAGAAAAUAUUAGAUUGGGAUCACGUGGUGACAGCUAUUAUGAGUAUCUAGUGAAGGUUUGGCUGCAACAGGGAGCAAAUCGAAACAGUAACUUAACAUAUUUAUAUAAUAUGUAUGAAGAAGCUAUGAAGGGUGUUAGACACCUCCUUGUACGAAAAUCAGUGCCAAAUGGGCUUCUUUUUGUUGGGGAGUUACCUUAUGGAGCGAGUGGUUCUUUUAGUCCUAAGAUGGAUCAUUUGGUGUGUUUCCUUCCCGGUACUCUUGCACUUGGUGCCACCAAAGGCAUGACCAAAUCCAAAGCUAUGAAGGAAAACUUUCUAAGCUUUGAAGACCUAGAAAAUUUAAGGCUUGCUGAAGACCUAGCUAAGACUUGUGUUGAAACAUAUUUUGUGACUAAAACUGGACUUGCUCCAGAAAUUUCUUACUUCCAUGUGGAGGAUUACUUUGAAGAAGGGUAUGAUGGCGGCAAUAAGAGCUCAAAAUAUUUGAAUGACAUAGUUAUCAAGCCCGCUGAUCGUCACAAUCUUUUACGUCCUGAAACAGUCGAAUCGUUGUUUGUCUUGUAUCGUAUAACAGAAGACCCAAAGUAUCGUGAAUGGGGAUGGCAGAUAUUUGAGGCGUUUGAGAAAUAUACGAAGGUUGAUGCUGGUGGGUAUACUUCUCUUGAUGAUGUGACUUCACUUCCUCCUCAAAGAAGAGACAAGAUGGAGACUUUUUUCUUGGGUGAGACACUUAAGUAUUUAUAUUUGCUGUUCGGAGAGAGCAAUCUGGUUCCAUUGGACAAAUUUGUUUUCAACACAGAAGCGCAUCCAAUUCCUAUCAGUACUGUUAAGAGGCAUUAAACUGUGAUGCUUUUCUUUAAUAGUAAACAGAAGAGCAUUUCACUUACUGUGAGUUUAUGGUAGGCAAGGAUCUAAUAGUUCAAUUGACUUAUUGCGCGUUCUUGUAACCUCAAAACUUCUAUCACUCUAUGGCAAACAAACCGUUGACGAUAAUCUCAAGGGAACUUCUGUGACCGAGUAUAUUUUAUCCAUUGCAAUGGUGGAGAAGUUUGCUUUUUAACAAGCAAUGAGCUCCAGAGGAGCAUAUAUUAUUUGGAUCUUGGUUAUGGCUGUCCACUCGCUAAGAAAGUUACUUUGUUGUAUAUUGAAUGCACUGGGAACAUUAGGUUAUACUAAUGGUGGGUCUUUCCCCUAGUUGACACAAACAAACUGGAUUCUCACACAAUUUUGUAAUAUCAAGUGUCAGAUUUGUUGUAUACUUGGCUUGUACACAUACGGUCUAUUCUCACUCCAACAUUAAUACAAGUGGCAUUUAGAUUUAUGAUAA